CACACACACAGGCCAAAGAGUCUUCCUCUAUCCUCUAUAUAAAUUAACAUCAUCACACCCUUCUCUGUAUCUUCAUUCUCAACCAAGCUUUCAUUAAAGCAAAAAUGUCCAAAUUCUCCACCCUUUUCGUUGUAGUUCUCCUCCUCAGCUUCACACUGUCCUAUUCAGCCCGCCCCGAGCCAGUGUUUCACAGUGACACUCUGGUGAACGCCCAACAUGAGAUUGAAGCUCAGCAAGUUGAGGUGGUGGAUGAGAGCUGUGAUGGAGUCGGUGAAGAAGAGUGCUUAACAAGAAGGACCCUUGCUGCUCAUACUGACUAUAUUUAUACUCAGAAGCAGAAGCCAUAGAAUUUUAAAAUGUUCAUUAUUAUUUUAGCUGAAGCAUACAUAUAUUGUACUUGAUAGCUGUAAUAAAUGUUUGGAUUAUAACAUAUAUAUAUAUAUAUAUAUAUAUGCUAAGUUUGUGUGUCAAUUUAUGUACUGGAGUUCCCAGGACUAGUUGUUAUGAACAUGGUUGCCAGGCUAAUAUAUGGGUUGAAAUGAACUAUGAUGGGCUUUUGUAUAUCUAGUUCAAAGUUGGAACAACAAAAUUAUAUAUGUAGCUCAUUUUAUAUCCU